GGCGCAGCUGCCCCAGUUGUCCGCGCGCCUGCCCGCCGGCCCCCGGAACCCAGCCAUGUCCUGCUACAUCUACCAGCUGCCCGCCUGGGUGCUGGACGACCUGUGCCGCAACAUGGACACGCUCAGCGAGUGGGACUGGAUGCAGUUCGCCUCCUACGUGAUCACAGACCUGACGCAGCUGCGGAAGAUCAAGUCAAUGGAGCGGGUGCAGGGCGUGAGCAUCACGCGGGAGCUGCUGUGGUGGUGGGGCAUGCGGCAGGCCACCGUCCAGCAGCUGGUGGACCUCCUGUGCCGCCUGCAGCUCUACCGUGCCGCCCAGAUCGUUCUGAACUACCUCCCAGACUCUGCGAAGCCAGGAGGGCCAUUGGCAGCUUCUGUAAGAAACACUGAAGAAGAACAGGAAAAGGGGCCGUCUGUGGGGCCAGUCUCCUUUCCAGGCCCAGGGCACGGCCAGACCCAUGGUCCCUCCUUUUCGGGGCCUGCUCCAGCUAGAGCCAACCUCCCGCCUCCUUCUGCAGAUGCCCCUCAUUCCUUAAAAACUGACUUUCCUGUUUCAUCCGAUUCAAAGGGCUUUAAUACCUCCAUUCCUAAGCAGGAAACACUUGUGAGCCGAGCUGAAGACAGCCUUUUCUGGAGCGAGGCAGACGUGGUCCAGGCAACUGAUAACUUCAACCAAAACCACAAAAUCAGUGAGGGGACCUUUGCUGACAUCUACAAAGGGCAAAGGCAUGGCACGCCAUUUGUCUUCAAGAAGCUCAGAGAGGUGGCCUACUCAGGUCCAGGAUCAGUUGAAAAAUUCUUCCAGGCAGAGGUACAAAUUUGUCGCAGAUGCUGCCACCCCAACGUCUUACCUUUGCUGGGCUUCUGCACUGGAAAUCAGCUUUGCAGCCUGAUCUACCCGUACAUGGCAAAUGGCUCUUUACAGGACAGACUCCAGGGUCAGGGAGGCACAGACGCCCUCCUCUGGCCCCAGCGUGCCAGCAUCUGCUCUGGGCUGCUUCGUGCUGUGGGGCACCUGCACAGCUUGGAGAUCAUCCAUGGCAAUGUCAAGAGCUCCAAUGUUUUGCUAGACCAAACCUUCACCCCCAAGCUGGCUCAUCCAAUGGCUCACCUGUGUCCUGACAACAAAAGGUCAAGAUACACCAUGAUGAAGACUCAUCUUUUCCAGGCCUCAGCUGCAUAUCUGCCGGAAGAUUUCAUCAGGGUGGGGCAGCUGACAAAACGAGUAGACAUCUUCAGCUGUGGAAUCGUGCUAGCUGAGGUCCUCACCGGCAUCCCUGCAAUGGAUAACAACCGAAGCCCCGUUUACCUGAAGGAUUUACUCCUCAGUGAAAUCCCAAGCAGCACCACCUCGCUGUGCUGCAGAAAGACGGACGUGGAAAAGGUGAUGGCUAUGGAGAUCUGCCAGAAGUACCUGGAGAAGAGAGCUGGGAGGCUGCCAGAGGACUGUGCUGAGGCCUUGGCCAUGGCCACCUGCCUCUGCCUGAGGAGGCGGAAUGCCAGCUUGGCUGAGGUGUGUGGCUAUGUGGCCGCUGUGGACGAGCGGCUCAGAGGUCAAGAGACGCUGCUCCCUUGGAGUGGCCUUUCUGAGGGCACAGGCUCUUCCUCCAACACUCCAGAAGAAACAGAUGACGUGGACAAUUCCAGCCUUGAUGCCUCCUACUCCAUGAGGGUAGCACCCGGGGCUGGGGCUGCCACCUCACUCCCUUCAACAGAGGAUGGAGAAGGCAGGCUGCAGGUCUGUGGGGGAGCACAGGCAGACUCCUCAGCGGCCUGUGCCAGCCCGGAGCCUCCCCAGGAUGCUACAGAGACUUCAUGGAAAAUUGAGAUCAAUGAGGCCAAAAAGAAACUGAUGGAGAAUAUCGUGUUCUACAAAGAAGGGAAACUGGACAGCAUUGAGCUUUUUGGCCCCUGAUGCCUAGAGCACGGCUUGUCCUCAAUUGGAAAGAUGAACACCAAAUCAAGAAAAAGAUCUGAGGCAGAAUCAUAAUCUCCCAGGAAACACCAAACAUCAGCUUUCCUGAUGGGAAAGAAGAGGGAGAGAAGCUUCCAUCUUGCCAGAGUUAGGAAAGAAGGGACCUCAGCUUUUCAAUACACAAAAAUCCAUGAAGUCAUCGUUCUUUCUGGGAUUUGUCAAUCAGAGCUGGGGAUCAGGGGACCGAAGCGGAAACACUGGUCCAUGGGCCCAGGAUGUGGGUGAUUAUGUGGUUUUGGGGUGUGUGUGGCAAU